AUGACGUACAUCCCCUACGCCUGCGAGUGCAUCGACUCGAGUAUACCUGUUUUCGCCACAGCUCUGAUCAAUCAUGAGUUCUUCGAGCAGAGUGAUGCAGCAUGUCAACGUUGCGGAUACUCUUCACCUCAAGCAACUCUGGUUACCUCCAAAGAGAUCUCGGCCAUCACUUCUGAAACCGUAUCACCUGUUCCAUCCCAUCAUGUCCAAGCAUCGCCAUUCCUCGGAUAUUUUUCGCUCCAGAUUAUUGAGUUUACUAUCGAAAGACUGGACGGAACAGAUCUGUCGCCAACAAACAUGAUCAUUCUCGACGAGCGCACGAACAAUGACCGCACGUGUUUGCUUCUGCCCAAGGAUGAGAUGAGAAAUGAUACACGGGCAUACAUGCAAGUGCGCUCGGACGUUGAGUCAAGCGUCAUUGCGUUGAAGACAGUUGAGACUGGAUGA